AUGAUCGAGCAGGCGAGUGACGACUUACAGAUUGUUGUGAGCUUGUCGACGUCUGUGAAAGUAGGCAGACGCCACAUCGGGACAGGCCCCGAGGACCACAGCCACAAGCGCGUCAAAUCAGCCACCACCAGCAACAUCAAUGGCGCAUGGAUACUCUUCGAGCAAGCCACCGAGGCGAUGAAGAAUAUACACCAAAACAUGCACCGCGACAACGAGCGUCUGAAGGCCGAAGUGACCACUACCAAACAGAUUUUGGAGUUGGGCCAUGGGCUACCACGGGGAUUCCUCUAUGCGCUCACUCUCUCCACCAGCCACGGAAUGCUUAUCGUCGUUUACAACGGUCGACCCAUAACACUAUGGGGCAUGGAUGAGGACACCUAUACGGGUAGCUGUGGCAAGAAACUCUCUAGCGGGGACAUCAGUACGCAUAUGAUCAUUGCCCUGGCCUUCAGCCUGAAACCCAGCAUCCGCCUUCUGGUCGUUACGUACCUUGACAGCGACCUCGCUCUCCUCGACCCCUUCGUCGACCAGCAGCCGACAUCCGGCGCCUGGAAGACGCACCUCAGAACGCUCACCAAAACCUCCUGGCCGUCUAACCACCAGGCCAUUCUCAACACCCGCCGCAGGCUUCCGGUCUAUAGCAAAUAUGAGCAGAUCCUAGACAUUUAUCACCAAUCCCAGGUGAUGAUCCUGUCGAGUGACACCGGCUCGGGCAAGUCAACGCAGGUCCCGCAGCUGCUCGUUUACGACAAGUGGGCUAGCGACCUCCAAAUCGCCUGCACUCAGCCACGUCGCCUGGCAGCAAAGGAGCUGGCCGAACGCGUUGCUGACGAGAUGGGUGUUGUACAUGGCGCAGAAGUGGGCUCCCAUGUCCGCUUCGAAGCCAUGACUGGGAAGAAAACUCGUCUGGUGUACAUGACCGAAGGGAUACUGCUUCGGAAGGCGACGGGCACCGAUAAAGAUCUGAAGGGCUAUGCGUGCGUGGUCGUCGACGAGGCCCAUGAGCGGACCGCUGAUACCGACUUGCUCCUGGCCUUGCUCAAAGGUAUAGUGGCGCGUCGCCGAGACUUCCGUAUCAUUAUCAUGUCCGCCACACUUGACGCAGACGAUUUCAAGCGGUACUUUGACGACUGCCCUCUGCUUCACAUCCCUGGCCAACACUACGAUAAGGGCGUCUGCGUUCGACUUUACACCGAGGCCACAUAUGACAACCUUACCCCGUCCAUGACACCAGGUAUUCUCUGCCAGCCACUCGAGUCGCUCAUCCUGACCCUCGCAGCUGCUGGCUACAGCAAGGUCAUGGACUUCGAUUGGAUAUCCUUACCUCAUCCCGAGCCGGUGUCGCGUGCCGCUUAUAACCUCCGCGCUUGGGAAUUCUUGAAUGACAACGGUACCCUCACUCCUUCCAGCACCCACGCUGCGAAGUGUCCACUGGACCCUAUUUGGUACCGUGCCAUGGUGGUCGCCAACAGUCAAGGCUGCACCAUGGAUAUCCUCGAUCUUACAUCCAUCUCCUCUGCACAGGGCUCGAUCUUUGUCCGUCCAAAACAAUUCCAGCAAGUUGCGGACAUGAUGAAAUCAAAAUGGGCCAGAGCGGGGUCCGACCAUAUCCCCCUUCUGAAUGCUUUUCAUGCAUUCGAGGAUGCAUGGGAGAAGAAGAACAAUCCCGGAGUCGACCUUGACGAAUGGUGCUUCGACAAUUUCUUGAACCGCCAUGUCCUCGAGGAUAUUCUCCGGAUACGCAAGGAUCUCAUUGCAUUCCUCCGACCAACCAAGCUUAAAGUAAGCAUGGUUGACUCCGUUAGUAUCCGCAAGACCCUGGCAAUCGCGUUUUGCACGCAGAUCGCCACUUUCUAA